AUGAUGAUAAAACAGAUAAAUACAGGUCCUGUUGUUACAUUGACUUCAUCUGAAGAUUGUAUCAAUUAUAUAAAUUCAUUGAAAAAUAUAAAUCAACAAAUUUGUUUAAUUACAUCAGGUUCAUUAGGUGUCACUGUUAUUCCAUUAAUUCAUAAUAUUGAUCAAAUCGAAUCAAUUCUUGUUUUUUGUAUAGAAAAAACAAAAUAUGAAUAUAUGCAAAAACGUUAUAGAAAAAUUCAUCAUAUUAUAAAUACACAUAAAGAAUUAAUAAUUCAUUUACAAAUUCAUCUUAAAUCAAUUGAUCAAUCUGGAUCAAUAGUAAAUAUAUUUGAUAUAGAAAAAUUAAAAAUAUUACGUAAUUUUAAUUCUAUAUCAGAUUCUUUUCAUCUUAAAUAUACAAUAUUUGAUGAAAAUAAGCAAUAUUCAAUGCGUGAUAUUUCAAAAACAGACACUUUCUUUUUAUGGCUUAAAUUACUUACAAGUGUUUUACAAAAAUUUCAUCAUACACAUAAUACAAUGAAAGAAAUGUUAGAUGAAUGUCGAGAUUAUUAUAAAGAUAAUAUUGAAGAAUUAAAUAAAAUAGAAGAAUUCAAUCAAAAAUAUAAAAGUGAAGAUGCUAUUUAUUGGUAUACAACACCAACAUUUGUGUCAAAACUUAUCAAUAAAGCAUUACGAACAGAAGAUUUUCAUGCACUUUAUAUAUGUCGAGCUUUUAUUGCUGAUUUAUCUGAACAAUUACAUAAAGAAUUCGAACAAUAUAAACAAUUAUUAAUUGAAUUUGAACAACCAUUAACUCAAUGGAUUGUUUAUCAUCGUCGAAAACAAGAAAUUGCUAAUUGUUACUCGAAAGAAGUUAUUUUUAUAAUUCAAACAACAUUUAAUUUAUCUUAUGGAUGUUUUGCACAUGUUGCAUCUAUGAGUCAAUUUCCACAUGAAGAUGAAGUUUUAUUUGAUCUUGCAUCCAUUUUUAAAAUUAUUGAUAUUAAAUAUGAUGAAAUAAAUGGUAAAUGGAAUAUUUAUCUUAUAACAACAGAUGAAGGAACUAAUGUUGUACAAGCAUAUAUAAAUUCAAUUAAAACUGAAGUAAAUGAAAUAAAUAUUGAUUUUAUUUUUGCUAGAUUAUUAAUACAAAUGGGAGAAUAUAAUCUUGUACAUGAUUAUUUAAAUAAAUUGAUAACAAUCAUAUCUGAUGAAAAUGAAACUCGUGAUUUAGCACUUAUCUAUUAUUAUAAAGGUUUAAAUUUAUAUCGUGAAGGAAAUUAUUCUCAAUCUAUGAUUGAAUAUGAAAAAGCACUUGUUAUUCAACGUAAAAUAUUUCCUAAUGGUCAUUCAGAUUUAGGUGAAACAUUAGGUGCGAAAAAAAUACUUUCAAAAGAUCAUGUACAUAUUGCUGAAGCAUUAAAUAAUAUUGGUCUAUGUUAUGAACGUUUGGGUAAAUUUGAAUUAGCAUUAGAAUAUGAUAUUCGGGCUUUAGAAAUGAAACAACGUCUUUUUCCACAUAAUCAUCCAGAUAUAGCAACAAGUUUAAGUAAUAUUGGUUUAGCAUUUUAUAAUCAUUAUAAUUUUGAACAAGCACUUGAUUAUCAUCAACGAUCAUUAGCUAUGAAAGAACAAUGUUUACCAUCAAAUCAUCCUGAAUUAGCUGUAUCAUAUUGUAAUCUUGGUCUUGUUCAUUUAGCUUUAAAUCAUUAUGAUGAAGCACUUAUUUAUUAUAUGCGAGAUUUAUCUAUGAGUGAAAAAACACUUCCUUCAGAUCAUUCGGAUAUCGGUAUAACUCAUCAUAAUCUAGGUAAAAUUUAUCAAGCAAAAGAAAAAGGAAGUCAUUUAGCAUUGAAACAUUAUCAAAAAGCUAUUGAUAUUUAUAUGAAAAGUUUACCACGUCAACAUCCAUAUAUUGGCAUGUCAUUAAUGUAUAUAGGAGAAAUUUUAUGUGAUCAAAAUAAUUUAGAAUGUGCACUUCAAUAUGCAGAAGAAGCUUUUCAUAUUCUUGAAGCAACACUUUCUGAAGAACAUCGACGACGUGCUGAAUCAACAUAUAUAUUAGCAAAAGUUUGUAAAAAAUUGAAUCAAAUUGAUAAAGCAUUAGAAUACGCAUAUAAAGCGCAUCAUAUUCAAUUGAAAACUCUUGAUAUUGAUCAUAAAGAAGUACAAAAAACAUUGGAAUUAAUUAAAAGUAUUAAAAUAAUGAAAAAUGUUUGA